ACUUACAAUGAACAGGAUACGAAUCCAUGUUUUGCCAUCAAGUCGGAACCGAGUGACCCAAACACCUCGGCCCCAAGAGCCUCAAGUCUGCUCGUUCACCCAAAGACCAUGUUCUCAGCCUCGCCUGGAAGGCUUGGAGUUCUGCAUCAAGCACAUUUUGGAGGACAAGAGUGCUCCUUACAAGCAAUGCAGCUACGUCUCUGCCAAGAAUGGCAAGCGCUGUCCCAACGCUGCACCAAAAGUUGAGAGGAAAGAUGGAGUGACAUUCUGUGCAGAGCAUGCUCGCAGGAAUGCCAUGGCUCUCCGAGCUCAGAUGAGAAAGGCGGCCUCUGCUCCAUCCCCAGAGACACUGUUGUCUCAGCUUAGUGGGUACAGUCGUGCAGAGACACACAGCCUUGAUGAGAGUCGCUCUGAUACAAGUCGUAUUGUAGAUGAGGACAGCUUGAGUGAAGAGGAGCAGGGACCAAUGGUACUUGACCAGACGUGGAGAGGAGACCCCGACAGUGAACCAGAUAGUGUUGACAGUGAUCACGAAGAUCCUCUGAAACAUGCAGGAGUAUACACAGCAGAGGAGGUAGCUCUCAUCACCCGGGAAAAGCUGAUCAGGCUCCAAUCUCUCUAUAUUGAUCAGUUCAAACGCCUGCAGCACCUGCUGAAGGAGAAAAAGCGCAGAUACCUGCACAACCGCAAAGUGGAGCAUGAAACUCUGGGGAGCGGCCUGUUGACAGGUCCCGAGGGACUGUCUAUGAAGGAAAGGGAGAACCUGAAGAAGCUCAAAGCUCUGCGUCGAUACCGUCGACGGUAUGGCGUGGAAGCCCUUUUGCACCGGCAGCUGAGGGAGAGGAGACAGGCGGUGACUGAAGGAGCUCCUCAGCCCCUCUCGAGGACAGUCUUCGAGCAAUGCAUCUCAUUUGUGGAGGGAACCCGAUGUACCAAUACCUGCCUGCCUAUGACCCGACACUGUGUCUUCCACAUCUACCAGGACAGCAAUCAGGUGCUUUUCAAAAUAUGUCCAGGCCUGAAAGAUGUCCCCUGUGAUCGCACUGUGCACAUGGGUCAGUCUGACGAUCCUCGCUGUCCACUUCACCUCACCCUGCCUCCGCCCAUGUACCAGCCUGAGCAGGAAGCUCCACCACAGGACCAGCUCACCCUCGCAAGCAAAGACAUGUAUCUGAGUGCAGCAGAGCUUCAGCCCACAGAGAGCCUUCCCUUAGAGUUCAGUGAUGACCUGGAUGUGGAAGGGGACGGCAUGCAGGGCCCUCCAUCACCUCUCCAGUUUGACACGGCCCUGGCCCUGGAGGACCAGACCAUCAGAGCCAUCGCUGAGGCCCCAAUGGACAUCCUUACUGGAGAUGAUCCAGACCUGGAAGCCUCAGAAAGAGAUGUGGAUGCCAUCAUGGAUGACCAGGUGGUAUCAUAGGUCAUUGGAGGUGAAGACGAUGCCACUGAUAAUUCACUCCAAGACAUCGAUUCUGCGACUGCUGAUGCUCCCAGAUGAACGGGCGCAACCCGCUGCAGUGCUAUCAACAAACAAACAAACAAACAAACAGGAGAACACUUUAUAAUGCAGCCUGUGAUAAUAGAGUCUAUGUUAAACUUUGCAUUAGGUAGCAUCACUUACUCUACUGGUAUUUAAAUGUUGUUCCCGUGAAAGAAAUCUGGACCUUUGGUAACAAGUUUCAGAGUACACAGGGAACUGGACUAAUGAACAACGUUAUUAUAGGAUUGAAUUACAAUGAGGGGAUAACCGUCACAAUAAGUUAAAACCCACAAACUAACCAUUAAUUUAAAAAAAAAAUUCACACAUUAACAAACACUGUUGGGUAAACUUGGAUAAAAUAACCUAUUUGACUAUUUGAGGUUGGACUGCGAAAGACUCAUCUCAAAACGUACCCUUGCACAGAGAGAGGAGCUUUGUCAUUCACACAGAUUUGAAGUGCCAUAGUAAUCAGUGAGUGUUCUAUUGGUACCUGAUAUUAUGUUAAACAAGGUUGUUAUCUGUGGAUUGUGUUACGAAGUGUUACUCACACAGAGACAGACUUCACCCUUCAGGAUACUUUGUCAUGUGGAUGUGGUUUUUUUUCCCAUGUUGAAUUGCCUUUCCACUGUUAUUUCCUCACCGUGUGACGCCUGUUACAAAAGGACAUGCUCAUCUACAAAUAAACCUUUCUGAGAUACUGA